AACAAUUGUCUUUUUGCUCUUGAACGUCUAAUUGCUCUAAUUUGGGAUCUUCCUAAAAAUGCAUUGAAACAUAUCCUACACGUUGAACGUUAUCUUUCACUCAAAAUUGCUGUACGUAUUUGCGUCAUUAAGCAACAUCGUUCAAGUAUAAAACAUCCUCAUUGAUCGUAAAAACCUUAUUCACCAAAAGUUGGUAAAUACAGCGGAUCAAAACAGCUGAAAACUGAGGUACGUAAAGUAUAAAACGCUUUACCAUAAAUGAAAGCCGGUUUUUUACUUACAAUAUUUCGUAGCCUUUUGAUUAUCUUUAUACUUUGAUCAUGAACGGCGUUUAAUCGACACCACUGCGCCUUAUGUGAACAUAUUUAUCUGUUACGGCCAAAAGUUAAAGUACCUUUUCUGAUUCACUCUACCCCUUUCCCCAAGAAACGCUUAAUACCCAAACUAGCGAUUUGUAGAUAUGCUGGAUUUAUGAGUUGCAUUUUAAGUCUUUAUUAAAGUCGCCGAUGGGUUUUGUGUUAAAGUUGGUGGUGGAAAUUGCGAGUUGACUUCGUGAGGCCAAAUAACGUUGUGCACUGUAGUUAGUAUUUUGUUUCUACUUGAAUGCCAAGGCGAGUCACUGGUCACCAGUGAAUUAGCUUCGUGAGUAGUUCGGUUUGAGUUGUUAAGUAAGCAGAGUCGCAACACGAAUUGGAGUUUGCAGGUUGUGAGGUCACGUUUAAAAGCCUUCACUAUAUUUUUUUCACAAUUUAAGCGUAUUUUUCCCUACCAUAAGGUCACUGAAUUAAAAAGAUGUACAAAGAUGUGUGUUUAAUGAAGUCAAAUAGAACAGAUAUUUUUUAUAUAACAUCGAACAAUUACUACUACCUGAUAUAAGAAUACAAUUAUCCUUUGGGUGAGUAAUGCUUUAUCGGACUUCUACAAACACCUUGCAUUUGCGCAAACUGUUCUUCCCUGAAUUAAAAAGGAAGAAUUUCGCUCACAUCUUCAUAGGAAUUUAAACGUUUGUUAGCGUCAUAGCAUUUUUUGAGACAAAAGGAAUUUAUUUUAUCUUGCGUCAAUUAAAAAGGAAUAAUGUGCACUUCAUUCGAUGGCAUGAAUGUUACUGAAAAUAGAAAGUUAUUUAAACUGGCCAAAACGUUUUUUACUCCGUUCUUUCAUCUAGUGUAGAAUCCUAAACACCGACUUAUAUGUCGUCAUAUAUCUUAGAAAUCUUCAAAACAUCCCUUAUCAUCGGUCAAUUUCUUCUGUUUUUCGCAUCUGAAGAAGAAAAGAAGUCAUAUCUAAAAUUUUAGCGAUGGAAUUGAAAGUUUUAUUUUAGGGUUACAGUUUGAUAAAAUCGCUCUAAAUGAAUACAAUUCCAUUAAAAUUGACAAAAAUUUUUGCAAUCCACGCUCACUCAACGCGAGCAUCCAGUCCGCUGAAUAUCUACAGUCCUGCUAAAAUUUCUACGAAUGUUUUGACAAUCAUCCAAUCAAAAUCACUUCCGGUGUUUGGAUUGUGACAUCACUGAACAGUGUGAGCACCCAUCUUUCAGACGUCUCCCUCGGAAGUUUGCGAAUGUAUAAGUCUAUAUAACUUUUUAUUAAUAAACCUGAGGCUUCUUGCUUUUUUUCAUAUGGAUAUUCUUGGAAGGUUAUAAGCCCUGAAGACAGACCCAAGGGUGUUACUUCCAACCUCAGAAUUCAUCGAGUGAGUGAUUAUCUCGUCAAUAAAAUGUUUCUGUGACACAGGUAAUUAUUACACAGUUUAACUUAUCCAGAAAGCGAAGAUCCUUUUUUUUUCUACUGGAUAAAAGAGUGAGUUUUUAGAUACUUUCGUCGAAACUCGAACUUCUAGAUUUAUAUUUGCCCUUAGAUGUCGUUAUGUAUGAGUCUGAAGGAUUCAAACAGACCAGUUAGUUAUCUCAUAGACUAUAUGCCGCAGCUCCAAAGAGGGGAACUGACUUAGGAUUCCUUGCGUAAUUUAAGUUUCGUAGAACUAUUUUAAGUAAUAACAGAAACUUGUCGUUAUCACAGAAGGAAUUAAAAAUUACGAAAGAAUGAAAAGUAAAUUCAUCUCUGUAUCACUUCUUCCUCAAAAUGACCAUGACACAUCAAUCAUAGGGUUAAUAAACUAUGUUUGUAAAAACAAAAUGCAUUUGUCUCUUUGCGACCAGAUGGCGGAAUUUGUCAAUUUAUACCCAUUAGAACAAGUCACCGGAAUUAAAAAUGAAGCAUUAAUUACAACACGAUCGAUGGCGUUUUCAAAUGGCCAGCUAACGUCAGUAAUAAAAAUGAGAUCAUGCCUGCUGUUUUUGGUCAAACAUUUUUAUUUGUCAGCCCGAUAAGCUGGCACCUCAGCUGACAAAAAAAUGUUUUUUGCGUAUGAAUUUGAAUUUUUUGGGGGAUGGGAGUCCUCCUGAAAUUAUAUCGAAACAUAUCCUGCGUUAAAUCUUGUUUAAGUUUUAAUUGCUGGUCGUAUUUGGAUCUUCAUAGGCAAAACGACUCAGACAAUUGAAGAAGCGAACAGCAGAACUCUUUUAGCCACCAAAAGUUAGGAGACAUAUAUUACAACUGAUCAAAAGAGCUGGAAAAUCUGAGGUGCGAAAAUAAAACUUUUAAAUAACAAGAAUGAUAUGGAAGCGAGGGGUGAUUUUUCCUACAUUAUUUCUUAGUUAUUUCAGUGAUAUUCUUACUAUAAUCAUGACCGGCGUGAGUGCAAUAUUCCGGUUUAUUUCGGCAUCACUUUCAGUGUAUGUUAACUAUUCAUGUUUUAUGUAAUAUAUCAAACAUGAGACGCAGUGUUUCAUCACCAGAUGAAACACCGAGAAGAGAGUUGAAAAUACGACGCGCAGCGGAGUAUUUUUGACGAACUUCGAACAAAAUCAUUUUUGAAGGAGAAAUUAAGGAUGCAAAAAAGAGCAGUUUUUCAUCUGAUAUCCAAACACUCAUUAAACAUUAAUUUCCUUUGAAUUUUCGCUAUGAAUUAUUAAUUAGUUUGAGAAAUACAUGUAAUAUAUAUUGUAAAGAGGGCACGUCUGUUGUGCUCUCAUCCGCACGACUCCCUCCCUCCUUCCAUCCUUCCUUCCUUCCUUAGUUUCAGCGGUUAAUAGGUCUAUCCGGAUCCAAUCAUUGUUUUAUUAUUUAUUCAAAAUAAUUUCUAGUUUAAGAACAUAGCUAAGACAUGCUUACUGUUACCUUAAUCGAUUGUGAAUUUCCCGUCUUCAACUGCAUAUUUUAUCAUCAAGUUCCGAAGAUUCAAUGAAUCUACAAAUAACAGAUGUCGUCUGAAAAGAAACAUUUAACAUUGUUUUUUAUUUCGGUAUUUCUUCAUUUUGUUUUUAAGUUUCACGUCAAUGCAUCAAUUGUCCAGUUUCUGUUUGUAUUUUGACAGUCGUCGCAUAAGCGAACUUGACUUCCUUUUACAGUUAGCACGGUUCGUCGCUCACGCCACGCUGUUUCAUAGAAGUACUUCGAUGUAUCAAUCACCUUGUCCAUUCAGAAUUUCCUAUUUCUGCUUUACCGCGUUGCACGGUUUUGAUAAUGAUUUCAGCUAGAAUGAUUGGAUUGCGUUCACUGGAAAGUGAUGUUUUUAACAAUUCUUAACCGGCGGAAAAUGCAAAACUUUUCUCCAUCAGCGACAUUUGCUACAUAAAUAAAAAAGAGCGAAAAAUAUCCGGUGUUGCAUGGACACUACUGGACACAGAAGAACACCGACUGAUCAUGGCGACGAGACGAAAGCUUAGCAGACUUUCCCUUCGCCUAACGAGAGACUUGUUUUUUUAUGAACACAUACUCGGACUCAUGACGUCCCUAUUUAUGUUAACCUUGAUGGCCAUGAGUUUCUCUAUUGUCUCGUCGGUUUUGACCGGCCCAUUCUUUAUUUAUUUACUUUAUUUUUUAUUGAUCUAUAUUACAAUUAUUUUCUCCCCAAAACGACGAUAUAUUUUAUGUAAUAAGAAAUUCGAUUUUUUUAGUGAUUGAAAUAUUUCUGAAACUUGAACUAGAAUCAAACUUAAACAACUGAGCAAAAUGCUGCUUGGAUCUUUCUCUGAAAAAAAUGCAUUGUUUUAAAGGGAAAGAAGUCAUAGAACAAAUUCAAAUUUCAUUUUAUCCAUGUUUUCUCGGGAAAUAUAAAUUAUUCAAAAUUUUAUGUGGUAUUCACGACUUACGAAAAUGCAAAACGAAAAAAAGAAAACUUCUUCAAAGAUAUAGUGUAAAGAAGUAUUUUUAAGACUGCAGGUUAAUAGGCUUCUAUUUUUCUUUUUUUUGUUCCAACUCUCGGUCUCCGCGGUCUCCCAGCUCAGAAAGCUUGAACAGGCUUUUCAAAAAUUGACUUUGUUUGAUCAAAUAAACGCCAGGGUGAUCUGCGAACGGACUAUAUAAUUCCCUGGGGUACUUCUUUAUAAUAAUCUGUCUUCGUCUCCGGGGGAACUCCUCUAUAGAAAUUUCUGAGUAUAUUAGCUGCAUAGAUAAUUAACGUUAUUGUCUGCAAAUAGGAGAGAGAUUUUAUCCCCAGUUUUUACCCUGACCAGGGUAAUGCAUAUAUGAGAUAUAGGUAAAGGAUUUAAGAAAUUAUGCAUCGUGGCAUCACCGCGAUUUUCCGGUAGGCUUUGAUAGAUUGGACUAGCAUAAUUUUUGGCACAUUUAGUCACCACGAGCAUAAUUUUCAUCUAUUUUUCGAAAAAAAGCACUGCUAGCAUAAUUCGCACUUUUUGGUAUAAUUUUGCAGUACAAAAAUUGUCAUUUAUUGAACAUGCAACCAAUGUUUUUGGUCCGAGAUCUGUGUUAUAGGCAAAUCUAAGUAACGAAAUCAUUUUUUUGUCUGCUUAUUGUCACAUUCAUGGGACCUGGGUCCAACAGGAAGUGACUCAGGACUCUCUCCACAAGUUAUGGACAUAACAAGCUCGGUUACCUGAGGUGGCGUCCGCGUGUUGGUUAUUCAUUGGUUGAGUUUUUAUACUUGUCAGACAAUGAAUUAAGGAUUCUUAAAGUUUCUUGGUGUAAACAGGGUAAAUGAGUUUGCCAUUUAAUUGUACAUGAAGCAUUGAGGUGUCUUUUUUUUUAAACAAAUUUCAAGUAAAAAGUGAGAAGCAUAAUUUCUGCAUUUUGUUUGCUAAAACGAGCUUAAUUUACUAAAACUAGCAGAAUUAUUGGCAUAAUGUUAGAAAUAAUACGAGCACUGCAAGUAGCAUAUCAUGCUACUUUUGCGAGCACAGUCUAUCAAAGCUUAUUUUCCAAGGUACCUCCUUCCUCCCCUCCCCUCCCCUCCUGCUAACUCGUGGUUAUUAAACUUUGCGUGCCUAACUCUUUAAUACCCACGAAAUAAAUUCAGUGACAUGCUAUGAACCAUGAUCAUUUUGUUUUCAACAGAUUGGAAGAUGGCAAGCAUGAAAACAUUAUUCAUUAUUUUCGUUAUCAUGUUCCCAGUCGCGAUGAUAACAGAGGAAGAUGUAAAUCAUGGAGGUAAUAACAACCACAAAAAUUUAAUAACCUGAGGUCAGGCCCAAUUUUUGGCGGUUUUCAUACAUUCUCUCUAACGGCUACCGCUAAAAUUGGGCUCUCUUUUCGUUCCGCCUUCCCCGCCGGAAUGUAAUUUUCAAAGCGAAACGAAAAUAGAGCCUGAUAUCAGGUUAAAAAUUUAAUUGUGCACCUGCGGAUUGUCGCCAUUUUAUUUUAACAUCCUGUCUCUCCUUCAUGUACAGAAAGCUGCUUAAAAUUUUCAAUUUUACACUUUCCCUGAAACAUCAUUCCGAGGAUUUAUUCACCAUAAUUUUCACAUCGUCCAUAAAAUUUGCAUGAGAAUUGUUUUCACUUUCUCCUUGGAGAAAGCAGUCAUCAUAAAAGAAAUUGAAGGCAAUUUAUUGAUGCAAAAUUUUUGGGGGGUAAACAAGAUGUUUUACGGGCGAUGUAAAAAUGGUGAAUAUGUUAACAACUUCUUUAUUAUAUUUGUUUUAUUAUUAUUUUUUAAUUUUUUCUCCUCAAAAAAUGCGCGAUCAACAUUUGGCAAGAUUUCUUUCGUUCAGUGUCCGUUCAUGAAUUGCUUUGCGCUAUUGUUUGUUUUCUAAUGGAUUUCAAAGAAAUUUGCUGUACAGUCAGCUCGCCCUUAACAAACACCUCUUUAGACGGACAAUCCUCUGAUGUUGGCCCCUGUCAUUAUCCAGUCUUUUGACUACAACUAUGCUCUCUAUAAGACAGAACCUCUCAAAGACGGACAACCGACACUUUCGAAACCAUCAACGGACAAUUGAGAAGUGCUUUAGGUAGUGAAAAAUACCGCAAAACGGAAAUGUAGGUGCACUACAUGACGGUACAAAUUGCAAUUAGGGUAAGCAAAUUACUAGCCUGAGCCAGUCUCUCAGAUAGUAUAGUGUGGACCAGGAGUGCGGACGUAUUAAAACGCGCAAAGCGAAAAUAAGACGCGCGCGACUUGGGAAAGGGGGCGGUGGCGGCGAGAAAAAUGGGAGAGAGAGCCUGUUAGCAUUUCUUUAACGACCCUCUUCCGCCCAUUUUUGUCACUCCUGGAUUCGGCUGUCAAAGCUGUUAACACUUCAGUCAGCUACAAUCAUUCUCAAGUUUCUCGCGCGAGCAUUUCGCGUGACGCGAACUCCUUGUGCGAAUGUGUGGAAAUUCAUGUCUUCGAAUUCGUUAUCCUGUGAGAGCACCCGGUUUUUUCGGCUCUAGUUUCUAGUUUCACCCGCCGAAGCGACGACCAGAAAUACAUCCGCUGUUCGCAGGCUACGAAUUCGUUAACGGCGUCUGCGAAUCUCGCACUCGAUCAUUCAAAGUGCUGCAGGUUUUAUAGCAAUCAAGGGGGGCGGUAAGUUUUUUCCUCUGUUGGGUAGGUUAUGCUCUGGAAGGUUCUGCAUUUUCACUGAGCAAAUGUGAUUUUAGUCGCUUGUUUCACACUGAGAGGUCACGGCACACUAUCGAUUUACUGUGGCUUUUGUUUCUGGUCGGCAGGAUUUGCCCUCUGAUAAGAGAGCAUUUUCCUUGACCUCUUUUGAACGUAAAGCUUUUUAUUGCGGCUGAAUAAGGGUUUUAAUUUUCUCCAAAGUACCUUCUGGAUCUGACUAACUAAGUGAUUUUCUUUAGUCCGUGAAUGUAAUGUUUUUCUGCAAUGUUGUAUCACGCUGGCCCAAGCUCGUUAGUUUUCUUUGCAGAAUGUUAAAUUAUCAAGGAUAGUGAUUUACAGAUCCAGAAUUAUAAGAAUGAAGUGCAGCUUAAACUUAAGCUACAUCAACAAGGGAGAAUUGCAUUGUGACUCAGUAAACUCCAGCUUAGUGUUUCUCUUAUAAUAGUGUGAGUCUUUUGGCUGGAGCGCGUAGUUUCUCCCUUGGUAAUAGCUUUUUAAAGCUUAACAGUCUUUGGACUGUUUUGUUAUAUUAUUGCCACUUUGUGAUCAGCCAGGACUCCGGACUACCGAAAACAAUUUCGCACAUUCCUUCUCUCGCUUUCUUCUCGACUUUCUCUCCCUCUUCACUGAUGCCAAUAGAUGUGGCCGAAAGUCCAAGCUUUUUAAAUUCAGUGUUCCACUUGAUCUCGCAUUAUAGAUAUCAGCGGCGAAACGACUAUUAUCGUAGAGCUUUCGGAUCUUGUUUACUGUGGGUAAUGUCGACCGAGACAUCGGUCGAUAUAGCGGCCGAUAUAGCGGUCGAUAGUCGGUCGACAGUCGGUCGAUAGUCGGUCGACAGUCGGUCGAUACUCGGUCGAUAGUCGGUCGACAGUCGGUCGAUAGUCGGUCGAUAGUCGGUCGAUACUCGGUCGACACUCGGUCGAUACUCGGUCGAUAUAGCGGUCAAUAGUCGGUCGAUAGUCGGUCGACACUCGGUCGAGACACGGUCGAUAGUCGUUCCAGAUGUGUCUCGGCCGAUAUAGCUUUUCGUUCGCCGACACUACGCUGACACUUCGCCGACACUUCGCCGACACUUCGCCGACACUUUGCCGACACUUCGCCGACACUUCGCCGACACUUCGCCGACACUUUGCCGACACUUUGCCGACACUUCGCCGAUAGUUGGUCGAUACUUGACCGAUGUAUCGGUCAGUAAUUGGUCGACACUCUAAGGUUAAAGGUUCUAAGGUUAGAGCAGCUUUAGCCAAGCGUGGGAAUAGCUGAAAGAUUAAACUUUUGCCAAAACCGGUGAGUAUAAUAGCGAAAACAUCUUUACCGCGAGCCAAGUCGCAGACACUCGUCUAGCUAGCCUGAGUAUCGGGCGUUUCUGGGGGAAAAGGGGAAGGAUGGAAGUGAAAAAGGGAGAGAGCUGAAGGAGAGAAACGCCUGACACAGAUGCUUUUACUGGAGCCUUCCACCCCCACACAGCAUGAUUCGAUACCAUCCAAUCAAAAUCACAUCCGGUCAUUGGGUUGUCAGCUUCAUCUGUCAAAAAGCUCGCCUAAAAUAAAUCUCACCUUACUGUCUGGCCAAGCUCCGGUGCUUGUAUUGCUACGAUUUCGCUUUUUCUGAAACCUCCAAUGAGGAGUUUUCGAGUACUUGUAAUGGAAAACCUACCGUUUUUGAGGAAUUAUAACAUGAUUUAGGAAUUUUGCUAAUGUGAGAUCGCCAACGCUCUGUUUGUAAAUAAACGUGUGCCCAGAAAACUGUAAAUUGCUUUUGUUUACAGAGUUACAACAGCGGCGCUCAUUAAUAAUCAAGUUCCUGAGAGUCUGGCAGCUAAAAAGCUGAUGUAGAUCAGGCCGAAAAUCGUCCGAGGGAAAAUCUAAAGUCAAGCUAAAGCCUUGGUGCUGUCGGCUAUUCUCAAUACAUGGCUACCUCGCUCUAAUUUUAUUUACACUAACAAUACCCUUUCAGUGACAGGAUGUUGUAAAGCAAAACUUAGACAUCCGAAGCACUGAUAUCGUCUUCUUUGUCCUGUUCUUGUGAAACCAAUACUCGGACAUAGUUUCGGCAGAAGCUGGUAUAUGAGGUUUUUCCAUACUCCGAGAACAUCUUUCCUUUGAACUACGAGGCUUUGAAACACAAUUCUUGCUCGGGUUUUAUUUUUAUUCCCGGAGAGAACUUGAGAGCGCCCUCUAGAGCCUCUUUGAAUUCCUCUCUGCGUCUCUAUCCAUUAAAUUACCACAUGAAAUUAAAACACUCUGCUCGUGUUUACUUGCGGUCGGUGACGUCAGGGCUUAUUGUCUGUUAUCCAAUCACUGCCACAUCCAGAUUCUGGAUGUGUCACACGAUUUGCUGAAUGGUUUUGUGUCAGGCCUUCCUUUCUCUUCUCCCCCUCCCCCCUCCCCCAUCUAAAAUCUCCUCUCCCCUAGCCCCUUAGGAAGGCCUGAUACUCAGGCUACGUCUAGCCUGAGAUCAUGCCGAAAAAAAAAUAACGCCUGAUCUCAGGUUAACACUCGUCCAAAGCACAAUACAACGCGAAUUCAUCAAGUUGACAAGCACGAUUCGCGCUGGCUAUCUUGGUGAUGACAAACUGAUAACCACGCCACGAGGUGAUGAUGUUAACUGUCACAAUUGACCAAUCAGAGGGUAUAUCAGGAGCUGAUAUACCGGAACAGGCCGUUAAAAAAAUGCGUACAGGCUCCGCCGCCCUGUCUCUCCCCAGCCCCCGCGCGUUUUUUGCAUUUCUUUUUACUGAACGCUUUUUCACCACUAUCUAGCAAAUUACAUACCCAAAUACAAUACGCGUCUUCCUACAGCGCGUAUCUUCUAAACGCCAAGUGAAGAUAAUCUCUUAACCUGUAAAACAGCCAUCUUCUCGGUCUUUUAGCUGAACUGUUUGAGCCUUAUGGGAACUUCAGAUAGUGACAUCAAAAACAAACCGCUAUAAUGACUUAUUUUCAUAUUUUUUAGUACUUACAGUAAUUAAUGUACAGUAGAACCCCGGUAAUUCGAAUUCUGAAAGGGGAACGAAAAACAGUUCGGUACAUUAUAGUUCAGUUUUUUUUAUAUUGUUUUGCACAAGUGUAACAGAUGUGUGUUUAGCUCGAGUGAGUUCAGCUUUAUUUUCUUGUAAUUAUUGGCGCCACCUUACAUUGACUGUCUAUUAGCGGGACACCUCCCUUAAAUAGACGGAGAGUCGGGACGGGACCAGAAGGUAUCUGUCUUAGAAAGAAUUGACUGUAUUAAUUGACUGCUUUCCAGUUUGUCCCGUUCCGAUGAAUAAAGAAGAAGAGGAGUUUAUUAAAGAGCGGGAAAGGAACAGAGAACUAAUGGAAGAAAUCGCCAGAGAAAUUGAAAUGACGUGCUCAGGUAACUUAAAAAAUGAAAAUAAAUAAUAAUAUUAAAAACCUUGGAUGAGCAAGUCCUUCCGCGCGAAUUGCACGCCCUUUUGAAUAGUUUAACCCUUUGGGACAGUUGAGUGUGUUCUACAUGGAACAAUGCAGAGUUUGCAUUUCUAAAGCCACUUACCCUUUUAGUUUAACCCAUUUAAUGUUAAGCAGCAAAUCCAGGAAGUUAUACUUACACUAUCUAUAGGUAGCCAUUUUGACUCCUGAGGGAAAUAACCCAUCUAGCCCAGAAAAGGUUGGCCAUACCACCGACCGGGGUUUACGUCCAAUACUCUUUCCAGUAUACAGUGGUGUGGGUUCUUUUAGGUCGCACAAGUACCAGAUAAGUCCUGUCGGACCUACGGUUUUUAUUCCUUAUCCGAGAAGAUAACAAAGUCUAACCGUUUUCAGAUGUCGUUACGAAGGCAGCACUUUCUUCUCAGUUAUUUAAAGAACCUGAGUGUUGGUCCGGCCGGGGUUUGAACUCGCAACCGCCCGCUCAGCAGACCGGCACUCUCACGACUAAGCCAACCAGACGGCGGAGCUUAAAAAAACUUGGAACACUGCUACCUUAUUAUGGAAAUCCUGACUAAUCUUGUGAGAGAUUUAGACAAACAUUUUGGGCAAAAAUCCACUGCCAAUUUCGCUAUUCUCCACUACUCUUACCAGUUUGAAUUCCUCCUAUUCCGGAAAGCUUAUAAUUAAUAGCCCCAAUUCCGUGAGGUGAAAAGCUAUAUGUUGAACUAAAUAUCUAUAGAAUAAAAGAGCAAACGAGAAAGCUCCUGAAAAUGUUUAUGCUAGUUUUUUUUUCUAAAAACGCACAAAAUUUUCCGACUUGGAAUUUAAUGGUACCGAUUUAGAUAAAAGAUUUCUAGUCCAUGAGCCAUUUUGUGAGAAGUGGGCAAAAAUACAAUAUUUGUAGCGACCCCUUAUGGAAAAUUGUUUCGUUGUUAUUAAAUGAAAACUUAGGAUGUGCUAAAUUGUGAUCGGUCUGUUACCAAACUUGAGACUUUAGAAAAAUUGGGGGCUUAUAUUAAACGGUUGUGGAUGACGAGAAACGUUUUCCCUUAAAUAAUGAAACUAUAUGCAAAUUCGAAGCCUUUCUCUCAAGUUAUUAACCCCUUUCAAUUCGAUCAAGCUUUUUCAAUUCAUGGUGACAAUUGAAACUUAGGGUGCGUUUGAUUGCAUGAGAAACCCGGAUUUAAGUUAAAGUCCGGGUUUUAGAUUUGGCAAUCGAACGCGAAAUGCAAAACGGAUUUCACCCUCACCCCCGAGAAAUCCUUCCUCAAAUCAUGACUUUAUGGAUUUUCUUUAUGUCGUUCUAGUUGGAAAAACUGUUCUCGUGAACAGCGUUUUUUUUCUGGUUGUUAUGCGUGCGCAUGCGAGACAACUGUUCUCUCAAAAAUAGUGCAAAUCUUUUCUCGUAUCCCCAAAAUACUGAUUACCAAAGGUCAAAUUUCACUUGUAUAGCAACCACAUAGACUAGCAACACCAUACGAUAACAGGCCUUUAAAUGUAAUAUUUUUUGUUUGGAGUAUUUAUACCAACGUUUUUCCCAUUAAUUUUAAUCAAGAGAUCAUGAUAUCAGUUGUUUGUGCUUACAUGAGAAACGUUUUAUAAUUAACUUUUACUUGCUGAUUUGUAGACGAGUGUACAACGGGACUACAUAACUGCCACAACGAUGCAUACUGCACCAACACCAAGCAUUCCUUCACGUGUACUUGCAAAGCAGGAUAUACUGGGGAUGGCGUCAACAACUGUGCAGGUAACAUAAUAUGGAGCUGAAACGAUCAGGAAUUUAUCUUAAGUUAUAUGCUAUUCCAUGCCAAAAAUAAUACAGCCAAAUGGAAAGGUAGAAACCUGUUUUCAUAUUCAGUCAGUGGUAUGUCACAGGUUGUAUCUACGAAAAGAGUUUCGGCCUUGGUACGUGUAAAGUUGUGGCCUCUAAUUUUUCCCACAGAAAUUAAUAGCCACGGAAAUAAUUUUAACCGCCAAAAAAGUAUAUUUAAAGCCAACGCUGCAAUGUACGUAUGUUAAUACAGCAAAAAGGCAACAUUUGUAUUCUUGCUUUAACAAAAAGUAAUAAUAAUAACUGCUACAACUUAACUGGUCGAGCUCGAACUGUAUCCCCAAUAAAGCACACAGGCUUAGUGCCAGUAGCCUGAGUAUCAGGCGUUUCUGGGGAAAAGGGGAAAGAUGCAAGCGAAAACUGGAGUAUCAGGCGUUUCUGGGGAAAAGGGGAAAGAUGGAAGCGAAAACUGGAGAGAGGCGAAGGAGAGAAACGCCUGACACAGAUGCUUUUACUGGAGCCUUCCACCCCCACACAGCAUGAUUCGAUACCAUCCAAUCAAAAUCACUUCCGGUCAUUGGGUUGUCAGCUUCACGUGUCAAAAAGCUCGCCUAAAAUAAAUCUCACUUUACGGUCUGGCCCUAUGUCUGGCCAAGCUCCGGUGCUUGUGUUGCUACGAUUUCGCUUUCUUCUGAAACCUCCAAUGAGGAGUUUUCGAAUACUUGUACUGAAAACCUGCCAUUUAUGAGGAAUUAUAACAUGUUUUAGGAAUCGCGCUAGUGUAAGAUCGCCAACGCUCUGUUUGUAAAUAAACGUGUGCCCGGAAAAUUGUAAAUUGUUUUUGUUUACAGAGUUAAAUCAGGCGCUUGUCUGGCAGCUAAAAAGCUGUUGUUAUCCCUCGUAUUCUCGGGUGGUUGAAAGGAGCUGCAAGAAUAAAUAGGAAGGUGCGAUGGUGAAACACCUAUGCCUAGAAAUUAUCAAGCAGCAGCAAAUUCCACCACUUCACAGAGAGCUCGUGAAAGCUGUUACAAGUUCAAAAAGAAGUGAGAGCCUAUAGCAAAGGUCAAUCCCGUUGGCGAAAUAUGAUGGCGCCCGCUUGAGCUUAAGACAUUUCAACAGUGAGAAAAUUUUGGAAGAGGAAGCGAACGAAUUCCAAUCACGUACGCUAUCGUAACCGCAACAAACAAAGUCAAGCUUUUUAAAAGCAUUUGUGCUGUCGGCUACCUCAAUACAUGGCUACCCCGCUCUAUUUUCAUUUACAGUAACAAUACCCUUUUAACGGCGGGAUGUUGUAAAUCUGAACUUAGAUAUCUGAAACACUGAUAUCGUCUUCUUUGUCCCGGUCUUGUGAAAGCAUAUGAGGCUUUUCCAUACUCCGAGUACAUCUUUCCUUUACACUACGAGGCCUUGAAAACACAAUUCUUGCUCGGGUUUUAUUUUUAUUCCAGAAAAGAACUUGAGAGCGACCUCUAAAGCCUUUUUGAAUUCCUCUCUGCGUCCCUGUCUGUAAAAGUAUCACAUACCGGUAAGAAAUCAAAAACAUCGAUCUAUGAAAAAUUUCAAUGACCGUCUCCUUGCCGAUCGCUCUUGCGGUCGGUGACGUCAGGGGGUAUUGUGUGUUAUCCAAUCACUGCCACAUCCAGAUUUUGGAUGUGUCACACGAUUUGCUGAAUGGUUUUGUGUCAGACCUUCCUUUCUCUUCUCCCCCUCCCCCUCCCCCAUAGGAAGGCCUGAUACUCAGGCUAUAGUGCCAGUUAGGCUGGGCAAACAGAAAGUGUGACCAACAUACGUCUGGGACAGGAAACACCGAGCUCAAAGGCUUAGGAACAGAAAAAACUUGAGAUCAUCUUUGAUAUAACGAGAUCAUCUUCACUAAUAUACCUGACAAGGCACGAAAGCCAAUAGCCAGCUAGGCUGUUAGAAACGGUUAGGGUGCAGCAUUUAAGGUAAACAGGUGUUUAUUACGAUUGUGGCUGGGGGUCUGUAGCAUUGCCAAUUUGACUGCGUCAGUCAUUGACUUAUGUCGCCAUUUAAGAGCGGUCCCGGUACAGCUGUUCUAAGCGUACAUUAAGACUAAAUACAUAAGAUAGGGAACCGGUGAAAAACGGCGCUAACCGUACAAAUAAAAUAAGAAGUGAUAAAAUUCAGAAAAAUGGCAGAGCUGAGCUGCCAACAGAAAAAAAUGCGGUCAGACAGAGGCCAGAAAAGAAAACCUGCCCAAAAAUCCAAGAAGGGAAAAAAUGCGAGCGAAAAAUCUGGAUAGGAACCAAGCCUCAAGCUCAAAGACGUUUCUACGGGACUUUAUAAGUUAAUCGAAAUAGGCCGCUCCUAAAAUAAUCAAAAAAAUUAAGAAAACCAAAGAAAGGUUGUUUCAAAAGCCGAUAUGACGUACAGGCGAUAUUUAUACGUAGCCUUUUAUACUCCCGGCAUGGACAAGACAAGACAACACAAGAAAAGAACUUUAUUUAUACCACACAGAAAAAAAGACAUUACCAAAAGACAAUGCUACUUAAUGUAAGGUACAAGCGUCUUAUAGCUAAAAAGCGAAUCUAGCUAGGAGGCAUUAUAGAUUAAUUAAGAGUAUUUAAGAUGUGUUUUCAUGGAGGCACAAGUAGAAAACAAGGUAAAAAAAUAAACAAACAAAUAAACAAAGAAAAUAAAAGAAAAAAACGCAUAUGUAGAGAAUUGCAUCACUGAAAAAUUGAGAAAGUGGAGAAAAUAUUGGAAAAGAAAGAACUUAAUAUGAACUACUGCCCCUGGCUAACACCCAGGUUCUGUAGUAUUUGGUGCCGCCAAAAUAGUUAUUUCUUAUUCUUAGCUGGAUAAUUCGUCAAAAAUAACAACUUGCAACAUGUAAAACUUUGCUCAAACAUUUUUCACUGAUUUUAUCUGCCAUUUUACCGUUGUUAUAAGUGCCAUCAAUUGAGUUAGUGUUCCUUGCAAUUGCCUUCUUUUAAAAACUGAUUUAUUCAUUCGUGGACUACCAGUCUCGGAAACAUUGCAUUGCUAUCUCUCAUUCAAUGAAUAUAAAACUGAAAUAGAACUGAUUCAGUUUGAUAAUUCAGCAUUAAAUCUUGAUUUUCAGACAUAAACGAGUGUCACACAGGAGAACACAACUGUGACGUCACUAGUUCACUGUGCUAUAACACUAUGGGAUCCUUUGGAUGUGCUUGCAAGGAAGGUUAUUCUAAAAAUGGAGAAGAUAAUUGUACAGGUAACACUUCAAAUUCCUUAAUUGAAACACUCAGAUAUUUCGUAACAACGUCUCUUUCAAAUCAAUUUCCUCUGUUCCAAAGUGGUUUUUCACUAAAUUCGCAGCAUUGUUGGGGACAGCAAAGAUACUAAGGAAAGUACUGUCCCUGUAAGAAGAAGGAAAAGAGAGACCUGGGAGCCGUGGUGACUUGUUGUAACCCGCUCCCAAGGACUAUAAACCAGGCCGAACAUCCUGCCUGAGUCUACAAGGAAUGGACAUAAUAAUAAUAGUAAUAAUAAUAAUAAUAAUAAUAAUAAUAAUAAUAAUAACAAUAAUAAUAAAGCUUAUAUAGCGCCGAUAUCAAUAUUGCUUUUUUCAUCAGCACUUAAAAAUAAAAAUCUUCCAAAAAAAAUUACUAGGACUGCAUAAAGACAGGAGCCCAUCAAAUUUGAUGGGCUCCUGAUAAAGAUGAACCUACCAAAAAGAGUUAAAACAAUUAUGUCAACACUAAAAUUAUAAAAAUUACCUAGUCUACUUAACUGAAUGGUAAAAAAAACUACAUAAAACUUACUAAAAACGAGAUUAAAAAGUACAUAAAAUUACAAAAAAGCUUUCUGAAAUAAAGAUGUCUUGAGUGUCUUUUCAAAAGAUGCUACUGAGAGGCUACUCUUAAUUGCAUAGGGCCAUGAAUUCCACAGUUGAGGAGCAGCAGCAGCUGUAGAUCGAUCUCCUAACGUUGUUGAAGUCUUGAUUUCACUGGGUUUAGUAGCAGUGCAUCACAAUCGGAGAGUAAAUUGUAUUUACAUGCUUCUUUAAGAUUAAUAAGUUCCUGGAGGUAAAAACGUGCUAAGCCAGUGAUAGCCUUUUACGUUGACGUUAGUAUCUUAAAUUCAAUUUUGAAUUUAACUAGCACUAUACAGCAACGGUCUUACGUGGCAGUAUUUAAAUUCCUGGAAAAUUAACCUCUAGCGGCAGCAUUUUGGACCCCCUGUAGCUUAUUAAGCUGGUAGGCUGGCAGGCCAUGGAGCAGGCUGUUACAAUAGUCGACGCGACAGUGUUAUACCUAAAAGUUUGGCACUAUUAUAACAGCUAGUUCCUUCUCGUCGACCACAACAGGGCUGAAGACGUGUAAGUCGAUGAUCAUCUCCUUGCAUUUGUCAGCGUUUAGUUGCAUGCAUUGCUCACGUGACCAGUCCUCGACGGCACUAACUGCGCUUUGAAUGUCACCCUGUGCACCUCGCGGGACUAACUCAUCAAUAGUAGAGAGAUUAAGCAUCGCGUUUACCGCAAACGGCAAACUUGAGAUUCAAGUUGAGAAAUUUUGAAAAUGAGAAAUGAGCAGAUAAAAUUAAACAGCUUAAAACAAUUCUUAUGGAUAAAAUUGGCCUGAAUCUACCGAUUUUCGUGUAGUUAUAAUGAACAGGAAACGACUAUUGAAGGGGAAACUUGCUUACGUUUGCCGUUUGCCGUAAACGCGAUGCAUAAUCACCCUGGAAAGCAUCAUCAACGUACAAAAUGUGCUUCUAUGUGUCCACACUGAAACCCCUGAGAAAUAACGAUAGGCCUAGUUUGGAUCCUUGAGGCACACCAGUGGGCACAGGGCCCCAUUCAUAAAAAGAGUCUCUAGUCAACUUUACGCGUUGUUGUCUAUGCGUUAUAAGAAGUCGGCCAUCCAGAGGGUAACAGCGCGAAGAAAAGAUAGGCCGAAAACUUUGCUCUCAAGUAGGGUGUGGUCGCUGAGAUCGAAGGCCUUCCUGUGAUCAAACGGGACGACUCUCACAGCAGCCCCAGACCCGUCGGUGGCUUGCAACCAGGUACAUGUAGCAUGUACGUAAGGGCGUGUAGGGUAGAGGGCGCUGGGAUGCAACCAUACUGAUUUGGAUCAAUCACCUUCAGAACCGCAGGGCCGAAAUGGCGAGCGACGACAAAGUCCUGUGCAAGUUUAGGUAUCACGGAGGUUAGGGAGAUCGGACGAAGAUAUUUGUUGAUGUCGAUAACAGGUUUUAGCUUGGGGACAGGCACCAUCUCCCAGGAUAACGGACGUCUCUGCUCCGCAAAACUGCUGUUUUGCACAGCUGUAACUGGGCAAGCAAGGAUGCCUGCGUACGCCUUCACCAUACUACCCCAUCUAGUCCUGCCGUCUUCAUAGGGUUAAGCCUUUUUAGAGCGCAUAAAACGGCGGGUUCGGAUAGGGUCAGCGGUGACAAAUCCUCACUGUGUGACGGGAGGAAUUCAAGCCUUUGGAAGGACUCUAUAGGUUGUAGGAAUCCUGAGUUGAUUUGGCUGGCAAUCUCUUGGUCAGACAGAAAAGCGGAACGUCGAUGACUUGGCAAACAAAGGGUCUGAGCCAGGAGCGAGAGCCAUGUCAGCGAUCCACUUGCCCGCACUCCACCACUAGCUAGGCUCGGUUUUCUUUAGGUGGUUCACUUUUGAAGCGUAGUAGUUGCUACGGAGAACUAUCCCUCUGUCUAAAGGAAUAGGGCCAAAAUGAAAAAUCCGGCCGGAUUUUUUGCGUUCGCUACCAGUUUACUUUGCAAAAUCCUGCCAGCAAACCUCCUUAACGUGUACUAACCAGGCUUUUAUACUUUUUACAUACUAUAUCACUUCUAAAAGUAAACAGUAGUUUUAGGGGCCGAAUUUAUUCAGACCAUACGGGUAAUUAUUGAGAGUUUCAAGAAACGGCCCUUUGAGAGAAACAAUCAACAUUUUGGCGUUGGCUUUGAGUGAUUACCGGAAAGCAUGUGACAUGAUACCACAUAGCUGGAUUGUCAAUUAAGUGUUUGGAGAUGUUUAAAAUAGCUGAUCAUGAGAACUGUGAAAAGGUCUUUUUUUUAUUAAUGGUAUGCAGACAUAGAAGUAGAGUUAUCAUCAUCAGGCGAGAGAUUGGAAGUCAUUAAUUAGAAGAAGAGGCAUUUUCCAGGGCUGCUUGUUUUUUGCAUGAUUCCAUGAACAUUGGUGUUGAAAAAACAACAACAGGUUAUGAUCUUGCGAAGGAUUUAAGGUUAAACAUCUUUCUUAUGGACGAAUUAAAAUCGUUUGGGAAAAGUGAAGACCAAAUAGAUUCGUUGGUGCUAGCUGUACAGUUGCUUAGUGAGGAUAUUAGAAUGGCAUUUGUAUUGAAAAAGUGUAGUGUGUUGAGUAGUGAUAGAGGGAUGAAUUUAAGCCCUGUUGGGGUCGAGUAAGUGUCGUUUAAGGUUUAGGUAAAUCAUUGAUAUGCGUAAGGUUCGAGUCCAUGACCUCACCCAUUGUUUUAACCUAGAAAAAAGGUGGGUUCCUCUAUACUGAUAAGUGCAGUCUUCCUCCAUAUCUAAUGAGCGUUCCUCUUAUACAAUAGGAACAGGCUUGUCUAGAAUUACCCGGUAAGUAACUUGAUCCGGAACGACCUAUUAAAAGAAUAAGAACAAGAGAAGCGAUCACCUAGCAACACGAGAAACGGUUUAAUAUGUUUUCUAUUAUAAUUAAGUGCUAAAAAUCGGAUAUAUGAACAAAACACACGCACACAGAAAGUGGAGCUGAGAACUCUUUAUUUCAAUUCUGACUGGCCAUAACAAAACCGCUGAGUCUCAGCGCUUGGUGAGCUUAUGGUCUUGUUAUUUUCACGCGCCGUUAGUCAGUUAAUUAUAUGCGAGUAAAAAAGCCAACAUUUGUAUACAAAACGGCUCCACAGUAAAAACCCCAAGGGAGAACCUUCACUUAUUAUUAUAAAAACACAAGAAAACAAUUAUUAAAUUCUUGAAUAGCACCAAAUAAUGACUGUUUAGGCUUAUGCUGCGACGUCCCUUCCCCUGAUGAAAUAGAAUUCUGCACGAUAUAAAUCUCGCUGAGAUUUCGAUGAUGAGAAUCACGAGUAAAGAGGUUCACAAUUCGCUUGUCUUUACUGGCGUCAAUCAUCUGAUCAUCAAACACGAUCAGAUUCUGUUUGUUCACAUCAAAAUAGAAAUCCUGCUCCAAAGCCGUAGGAAUUCCCUUGAUAAAUUCAAUGUGUGGCAUAGCGACUAGCAUUUCUGUAUACGUAGGCUGCCAUUGUGAAUAACACCAAGCGAUCCUCUCUGGGGGAAGGUAAAUUGCCUCUUAAGCUUGAUGUAAUAGAGAUAGAACCCAGGCCGCUUUUCCGGACUUGGUCAUUCCAGCAGUUAUGGAGGUGAAAGGAUGCUCAAAGCGAAACCGCUGACAUUUCUGUGAAGACAUCAGAACUGUUUGAAAUAGGGUGAGACCAGCAUUGCGGUGUUUAAACAUCGCGUGCCUUUACAUGCUAUCCUUUCUACUAAACGAUUUUUUCGCAAACGGAACAGAACCAACUCAUGUCAACUCCUCAGGAGCAGAAUGUAGACUGAGAAAAAGGUAGAAUGUUGCGCGUUUAUAUAGGUUAGGAAAGCAAUGAAAUCACAUUUCUAUUGCUUUCCUCCCCCUCCACCACCACCACCAUCACCACACAUUUCUAUUGUUAAGUUAUUAACUGUUUUUCUUGUUCUUGUUGUUUUUAUAAUAAUAUGUCAAGGUUCUCUCUAGGGUUUUUUACUGUAGAGCUGAGCCAAUUUAUAUGCAAAUGUCGGCUUGUUAACUCGCAUAAUUAACUGACUAACGGCGCUUGAAAAUGACAAGACCAUAAGCUCACCAAGCGCUUAGAGUUAGUCCUCUCCUCGAGAUUGAAUACCUGAAUUUUGGACUUGAGUUUUGUUUAAAUCCUGUGUUUAGUCAUGAUAAUUUAAAGAAAUGAUUAAAGAUUUUUCAGUUACACUCAGUAACAAUAGCUUGUUCAACAACUGAGCUCUUUCAUUUUGAACGCAUAAUAGUCUCUACAUGAGCCAAUUAUCAGGGUUAAAAGAGACCGGGCAAUUCUAGGUAAGCCUGUUGUUUUAUUGUAUAAGAGAGACACUCAUUAGAUAUGGAGGAAGACACUUAUCAGUAUGAAGGAACCCACUUUUUUCCUAGGUUAAAACAAUCGGUGACGUCAUGUACUCGACCCUUUUUCAUAUCAAUGAUUUACCUCAACCUUACUAGAUACUUACUCGACACCAACGGGGUUUAAUUUCAUCCCUCUGUCACUACUGUGUUGGUAGUGACAAGGGGAAAGAAAGUAAGGUUUGAGGGUAUAACUCUUUUGCAUGGGCGGACAAUGGGAGAAAGCGGUGAAGAAGGUAUAAAUAUUUGGGGAUUAUUGAGGCGGAUGUAAUAAACGAAAAGGAGAUGGAAAAGAAAGUAAAAAAGAAGGCUGAAACUUAUGUUGAAAUCAAGAUUGAAUUGAAAGAAUAAGGUUAUAGCGAUUAACACCUGCGCAGCUGUCAGUGCUGAUCAGGUAUGGAGCAGGUAAGAUGGGCAAAGGCAGAACUGAAAACAUUGGAUUCAAUGACUAGAAAGGUGCUGACACUGAAUGAUGCUUUCCAUUCAAAAAGAGAUGUUAAUUGCUUGUAUGUAUCAAGGGAGGAUGAAGGUCGGGAACUAAUAAGCUGUGAGGGGUGUGUGAGAGGUGAUUAAAACAGUUUUGGGUGGUAUGUGAGGAAUUCUUGGGGCGUUUUACUGCAAGGGGUAAGGGGUAAGGUAUAUUGUAAGGGAGGAAACUGUCAGUUAAGCUGAUUGAAGACAUCUUGGAACAAUGAGCUGAAACUCGACAGCUGGAAGGAAAAAAAGCUGCAUGCUCAAUUUUGUGAGGAAUACCCGGAACAACACAUGUGAGAAAACUUGGCCGGAGCUGGUUACGAAAAGCAGACUCGAAGAUCCAAACAGAAGCAGUUAUUUGUGCAGGCCAGGAACAGGCUCAGAGGACCAACCAUCUAACUGAUACUAUGUUGACAUUACCGCGCGAAUCCCGCUUAUGUAGGUAAUGUGACGAGAAGGUGAGAGUGUAAACCAUAUUGUCUGUAAGUGUAACUUUAAAGUUAGCUCGAAGGGAAUAUGAAAACAGACAUGAAAAUAUUGCAAAAGUGGUUCGUUGGAAGUUAUGUGAGAAAUAUCAUCUGGGAAAGAAGGACAAGUGGUACGAACACGUACCUGACAAAGUGAGUAAAAAAGAUAAAAUUAAACUACUGUGGGAUAAGGAACAUCCAAUGUGAUCAUGUCAUCAAUGCUACAAUAGACAUGAUCGUGGCUGUAAACAAACAGGAGAGAGAGUGCGCCAUUGUUGAUAUUGCUGUAGCAGGGGAUAAGAGAAUUGUUGAAAACGUUAAAAAAUAUCAGGAGCUUAAAGGGACAUUACAAGGAUGUGGAACACGAGAACUGUGCAGGUGAUACAGAUUGUAGUAGGAUCAUUCGCAAGUGUGACGAAGAACUUGGAGAAGUGGCUGGAAAGUUGGACACAAGAAUUAGUAUUUCAUUGCCCCCAAAAAACCACUCUUCUAGGAACAGAAAGGAUUUUCAGAAAAGUAUUAGUCAGUUCUAGAGUAAGGAGUCGAAAUCUAAGGGUCCAUUUUCAUGGGUCAUUACUCGCUCCUUUAGCAAGUACAACGGUAUGAGAUCAGCCAGUACACACACACAAAAAAGAAAUAAUAAUGGUGAUAAUAACAAUAAUCAUGGUCAUUAUCGUUAUCAUUGAUAUCGCGGUUAUUUCCCCUUUCUGGUGUAUAGCUAUUUAAAAACAAACAAACAAACAAACAAACGAGAAAGGUUUGUGGAAUUCCUUAAGUUUCAAUUUGUUAAAAGCACAUGACGUUUUGGCAUGAUCUUUACGGUCAAGUAAUACAGGCAACAUUUUCGCUUAACUUGUUGCGCAACAUUGUUACAUUCCAAGUUGAAAAACGUUGUUGCCGACCGCCGAGGUCGAGUUUAAGAGUCAAAAUUAACAGUGCAGCCUUUAAAAUUAAACUAACCUGCAUAGCAAGCGUUUCUGCGCGAGUUCGUCGAGAAAAUUGGGACGAGAGCAAAAAAAAAAGGAAUGAGAGGGGAGGGAGAGGGGAGCGAAGGAAACGCUUCCCCCCAAACCACACGAUUUUGAAAAACUGCGUUCGCCCACGAACGCAGCUUUUGAUUGGUGCGGCGCUGGUAGUGUUGAUUAAAUAGUAAUCAAUACACCAAUCAAACCAGGUAUGUUUUGUUUACGUGCGUCGCUGAUCUGGUCUGAUCUGAUUUAUGGUCGUAGAUUACAAAUGCUUUGGUCUGAUAUUUAUUUGAAUCAUGUUUGUGCGAAGGUUUAUCACUGACAGAUCUGAGUCCCUUCGAUCAAUAGUAUAAUUGGAGAUCGAACAUUGGAGACUAGUGAAGGCCCUGAGUUUAUUGGGAAUGACGGCGUGCGUAUCUGACAACGGACUGUUUGUUGGAGAUAACAUCAACGUAAAUCAGAACAUCGACAUUAGCUAGAGCCGCCAUGGACAAGUGAUUGGAAAUUGAGCAGCAUGUAUUGUAGUGAACUUUUCGACACUGGCUGGCCUGUGGAGAGCAGCUGCUCUGCAAAACUCAUAGCCGGCGGAGUGAAUUGUUCCGGACAAAUCAUUUCUUUGCGACGUUUUGACAAGGUUUCAGAUGAGAUAAAGUCACAUAACGUUAAAAUUUUAACUCAACUAUAAAGAACAAGAAAUUCCGCUUUCAACCUUCUUUUAUCGUAAAGCUUCUUUUUAUUACAGUUUUGCAAUCGCGUGGAGCGUGUUUUCGGGAGCAAAGUAAAUGUCUCAAAUCUGGUGAUCUAUUCGUUAUCUAUCUUGACGAGCUGUCAAUUUACAAAUGAACCGAACCGUGAAAUAUCAAGGGGCGUUUUCCAGAAUCGCGGGGUUUGCGGGCAAGCGUUUCGUCUUCUCCCCUACCCCUCCCCCUUCCAUUUUUUUUUGCUCCCGCUCUAACUUUCGCGCUGUAACUCGACUGGAAACGCUUGCUAUGCAGUCUAAAAUUAAACUGCCUUGUAUUCUGGGCCAUGGCUGUUUGUACGUUUGAUUUUGUGUUAAAAUUAGCAUUAUUUCAGUAGCUUUUAUUGCUGCUCUCAUUUCGGUGUCUGAACACCGACAUGAUAGGUCUUUAAGAGUGGUUGUCAGAGAAAACCGGGCAAGAAUGUCAACGGAAGGGGGUCAACAGAAUAAGUUCAUACUAACAUCAUAGAUAGGUCUGGUGGAGUAUUGGACAAAUAUACCAAAUAUAGGUUCUUCACUGCCCUUGUAUUAGAGAUACGAGCAUCACUUUAUUUGACCCCCUCGGACGCCAUUUUUAUAAGCAAAUUUUCACCAUUUUCUGAAACUUACAGAACCCGCAAAAUUGAACGAGCGAAGUUUAUUUUUUGCAUGCGAUACAACACAUCAUAGAACUACUUUCUAAAAUUAUAAGAUUUGUUAAGCAACCACGGGCAAGACUAAAAUUUUCUUAUUUUAUCUGACCUAAACUCAUUGUCUGCAAAUGAACAAAAAAUCGGGCAUUUUUGAAUUGAUUUACAGCGCACAACUAAAACGACAGUACAACUCUGACAGCCAAAUUGCAGUCUACUAUCAUCCAUGUAACCAAAACACUAAUAAUCAUUUUGGGCCAUUGAAACGGGAAGAAAUUAGAAAACUCACAUUUGUUAUAGUUUCCAAGCUUUUUCUUGCAAACAGGCCGAUCCCUUCGUGUUUGUUUUAAGUCCUCUUCGUGAAUCUUCUUUCAUAUUUCGCGGUAAAGUAUGUUCAGCAGCUGGAGGAAAUAUCAAAAAGCUCGAAAUACUGCCUAGGUUACAUUUUGAAAGGGCAAAAAGUGCUGAACGAUAGGAUAUAACUAGAAAAUAAUAAAGCGACACCAUCUUGAAAAUUCAGCACUCAGGAGGGACUGGCACUAGUAGCUGCCUUGUCCACAAGAUGAUGAAUUACCAAACAGGCCACUUGCACGAAGAGGUCACGUGACCAAUGCUUCCUUUAAACAAUGAGUUGGAAUCUUGCUGAUGCCCAAAACUGACAGAGCACAUAAAAAUUAUCUUACAACCGAAAUUUGAGAGGAAACGCAUUUAAGGGAGAUAUUUUAUGGUACUUUGAUUUUUCAACAAAGUAGUAUGAUUUGUAUUGGCCGCCAUGUUGGAGGGCAUACUCUUGCCCUCCAACAUGGCGGCUGAAACUACUUUUUGCUUAUAUCUUGUUAAACGUUUGAUAGGUACGCUCAGAUGUGCUGUAAACGUUACCACAUCAUCUUUUCAACAUUUUCCUUGAAGUUUAAGUGCAAAAUUUGUGUUCAGAAAGAGGUAAUUCAUAAUUUUAAAAACGACAUUUUGGUCACGUGACUAGCUACGAACUUACUGAUUUUAAGAAAAUGGUGCGGGUUUGAAAAACCAAAUUACUAUUACUUUGUUUAAGAUAUGACCCUCUAAUCGUUUGUCGAAGGCAAGAUCAUAUAAUUUUCAUUUUCAUAAAAACGAUGUCACAUGACCUCUUAGUGCAAAUGGCCUAUGGCUAAACAACAAAAAAGAAACGAACCGGCUUAUCAGCGACCUAUAACAGUCCUAUUUCUUCUUCAAUUACUACUUUUAGUUAAAUUUGGCUUGUUUUGUGUCGUUUUUUUUAUGGCGGAGUGAUGGGGUGUGGUGAACAGGUGACCAAUUGGCAUUACUUUAUUCAGUCUUCAUUUGCUCUUCAUUCACUUCAUUUUGAGUUAUCCCGCUUAAGUCUACGCCUUUCUUUGGACUCUUUAUUGUAUUAUCUAUUUUUGCGUCAGUCUUCAAUCACCGUCCAUGUCCAAAGGUCCACUCAUCUCCUGUUCAUGAUUUCCAGUAACACUUUUCAAAGUCUGGAAGGCUUCGCCCGAAACACUUCUAGCAGAGCUUGGGGGAAGUGAUUGACUAGUCAUAAGCUUCAUGGGUGGGGAGGCUGAGUAGUUGCUCCUUGGACUUGGCUGUCUAGAGACUCAGUACAGGCACCUUGUAACGGUUAAGAGUCAGGUCCGUAAUCUGACUAACUGUCAGUCACUAAAAAUUUAUCGAUGUACGUUUGAGCAACUUGUUGUUCUGAAUGAGUUUUAAUUUCAUUGAGUUUAAUUAAGUAAUUUGUAUUCAUAACUUUUCAAAAGAGAUUGAGCGGUUUUCUAUGUAAUAAAAGUGAGCUUAUCCAGUAAUUUGCGGUGACACCUAUAAAUCUGUGGAAAAUUGUAAAUACAUAUAUUCCAUUUACAUAUGUAACUCAAUGCGAUAUUCUGAUUCCAUGGUCUAAUUCCUGUGAAUUUCAUAGAACUCCAUGGAGAUCAUGGAAGUAGUUUCCAUGGAAUUUCGUGGAACUUUUCCAUUGAAUUCCAUUGAAAUUGAUGUCCUUAUCCCCCAUGGAAUGCCAUGGAAAUAUUUCCACGGAAAUCGAUGGCAUUCCAUGGAGGUAUUUCUUACGGUGUGUACCAAGUUAUUUAAAGGGGCUAUGUCACGCUAUUUUCUACCUUUUUAAAAAGCUAAAGCGUGUUUUCUAAUCAAUUGAAUCCCAAGAAUAAGACUAUAUUUAGGCAUUACAACCGUUUCCUGUCGUCUGUUAAUAUGGAAGGUAAGGAUGAUUGAAACUUGAAAAAAUGGCCAACCUUUCAAUGCGAAAAAUUACCAAAAAAUAAUUAUGGCUACUGCUGUCUCAUAAAUUUUGUUUGGGACCUUCUCAAUAACUCUAAAGGAGCAUUUUGUUUAAGUGUAUAGACACUAAGUAAUGACUUCAGCGCGUAAUAUUCCUAAAAACAACAAUAUCCUCGAGACAAACCCCCUUUAAUACCAGGAUAAAUUGACUACGAUAUGAUUAAAACGCCCGAUGGCUGUUGUGGGAAUUAAGUCAAAUCUCUUUCUUUUUUCCACGAGCUUGACGUGGCGAGUGUUUCACCUUUUCCAAAACGAAACGUGUUAUUAUUCUCUUGUCUUAAAUUGUCAGAGUCGUGUCCAAAUAUGGCAAUCCUGACAGGGACUUCAGGCAUCAUCACGAGUCCUUCUUACCCGGGAAAUUAUGGUAAUAAC